AUGGAAGGGACAAAGAUCAUUACAGAAGUAGGACCCUCAUGCAGUAGGAGUAGGAGCCCUGAGUAUCAUAGAAGAAACAGGAGGGGUAGAUAUGAUGAUGAGAGAAGCCCAAGUAGGUCUCCUAUAAGGUCUCCUCCACGUAGGAGUAGGUCACCUUCUAGAAGCAGAAGCCCUGAAGGAGGAGGAAAUGAGAAAGCAUCAACAUCAUCACCCUAUUCCCAUGGUAGAGCUGAUUCCAGAAGCCCUUUGCAGCGUUUUAAUUCCAAUGGUUUUCCUGGACCAAUGGGGUUGAUGAGUACUAGUCAUUUGGAACAAGAAGCUACAGUACUUGCUUUGUCAACUUUGAUGACCAUAGCUCCUACAGAAGUUUAUGCAUAA